CACGAAUGUCAACAUCAGGAUCAGGCACCGCACUCGCGUACAUGCGUUUACAGCCGAUUCAAAUUUUGUGGUUUUAGUUGAGAAUUUCCUUACAAAAAACGUGAAUAUUUGCGCUGAAAUUUGCCAUAGUUUGUGAUUCUACCGAGAGGCAACUGAACCAAGAUGCCGAGAUCCAAAAGAGACCAGAAAGUUUCGUUGACCAAAACCGAUCGGAAGGGUCUCUCGAACAAACAGCAGAUCAUCGAGGACAUCCAGGAGUGCCGACAAAAGUACGACAAUGUGUUCCUGUUUUCGGUGCAGAAUAUGCGCAAUGCCAAACUGAAGGACGUCCGAACGGCCUGGAAGAAUUCGCGCUUUUUCUUCGGUAAGAACCGGGUGAUGCAGCUUGGGUUGAAGUUCGUCAGCGAUGACGGCGAUGAAGACCCGAAGCUGGAGCAGGAUUUGGAGAAGCUGCGGGACCAGAUGAUCGGCCAGUGUGGGUUACUGUUUACGUCCGAGAGCAAGGAAACGGUUCUGGAUUGGUUCGAUUCCUACUCGGCCGAUGAGUUUGCACGAAGUGGAUUCCGGGCAACGAAAACGAUUCACUUGAAGGAAGGUCCUCUGGAGGAGUUCUCCCAUGCCAUAGAGCCACAUCUGCGUUCGCUGGGAAUGCCCACAAAGCUCGAACGAGGAAUUGUCACAUUGUACAAAGAGUUCACAGUUUGCGAGAAGGGAAAGGUUCUGACACCGGAACAGGCCCGGAUUCUUAAGCUUCUGGGGAAACCUAUGGCCAAGUUCAAGGUCAUUAUCAAUUGCUGCUACACGAAGGAGAAUGGGUUCGAAGAGAUCAAGAAGCGGGACAUUGUGGUCACCAAGAAGACCAAGAAGGUGCUGAACAAGAAACCCAAGAAAGCCAAGUCAGAAGAAGCGAUGAGCGAGGAUGAGGAUGAGGACGAUGAAGAGGAUAUGAGUGACGAAGAAGACGAGGACGAGGAGAUGGAUAUGGACGAUGAGGAUGAUGACGAUGACGAGGAUGACGAUAAGGCGUAGUAUUGUAAGGUUAGUGUUAAUUGUUAUGGUAAGAUAAAUGUAUCUUCUAUUCUACAA